UGGCAGGUGGCCGGCUAGGGGUUGGUCGACUCCUUCCUCCUCCGCUCAGGUUCAUCCACUUCUGCCUCGGUUGUGGCUGUCCUCCGCGCAGCAGUGCUUCGAUUAAGAGGGAACAAGAGAGGCAGUGAUGCUUAAGGGGAACACAAUUGAUGCGUUUUUCAAAAGAAAGAGAGGUGAUUCAACUGAAUGUGAAGUUGAUGAACCAAUAGCAACAAAAGCAAUUCCUGUUCCACCUCCUCUGUUGUUGCUCGAAUUUGAGCAACAUGGACCACAUCCUUCGAUGCCUCAACAACAAGGCCAUCAAACUCAAACAAAUGAAGUACAAUUUCGAGGGAUUGAAUUCUUGCAGCGGGAUCGAGCACUACGUCCACAGAUUUGGCAAUAUCCACCUAAUCAAAGAGAUGAUGUGCGGCGAGCAUAUUUGAAGCUUGGUAUUAUGCAGCCCCGCUUGAAGAAUUACAAAGCUUACGGUCCAGAAGGUCGCAAACGGGGCUGUAAAUAUGACUGGUUCAAGGAUUUCCCAUCAUGGUUGGAGUACUCGGAGGACAGUCAUCGUGCAUAUUGCUUCUAUUGUUUCUUGUUCAGCAACAAUAAAAACAAGCGAGGUGGUUCAGAUGUCUUUACUGUGCGAGGAUUUGUAAAUUGGAAGAAGGUCCAUGAUGGAAAGAAAUGUGCAUUCUCUACUUUGAAGAUCAUCAAGACAAGGCUACGUAAUACUAUGGAAGAUGAUUAUCUAGCCAAUAGCUUGCUAGUAAACAUAGAGAGUGAAAUUGUGGAGAAGUACAGCUAUGAAGAUGUUCUUGUGCACUUUAAGGGUGUAAAGAAACGAAGGGCUGAUCUGUAGUGAACUGGAUGCUCCAUGGUUAAAUAGUAUUUUGGGUAUAGUUUCUUUUGUUCUGGAGCUGGUCAGUAGUGAACUGAAUGUUCCACGGUUAAAUAGCACUUUGUAGUGAACCGA